AUGCAGUUCAGUGUUCCGGUUUUUCUGCGCCGUAUCAUUAACAGUCCGUAUCACCCGUUCAACGUCAAAAUUCAUCCCGACAGAUGGCAGAAACGUGAACAACUUCGGCGAUUCGUUGCGCAUGCGGCACAACGUGUGGAAGCAGCGUUGGCCGAAUAUCAUUUUGAUUAUCCAGCUUUCCGGAAUAUGUUAUCGAAGGCACACAUUGAGCUGGAUAAUAUAGUUCUUUCUCAACUCGCAAUAUACGAACCCCAGUCGUUCAAGAGUUUGGUUAUGUUGACGAAACAGAUGGCACAGGAAGACGGACGUGCCGUGAUCGUUGAUGAGGAGCAGAAAAAUGUCCAAACCGAUCCGUCAUUAUUUGGCACCCCGUUUCCCCGCUCAAAGAUGUAUCCUCGCGGUGCUGCUAAAAAUCACCAGAAGCGUCCAAGACCACUCAAAAUUACAGAAUUCUGA